UUCAAUGAAAUUUCCUGUGCGUGCAAGUCCGGCUGCUGCUGCUGCUGCUGCUGCUGCUGCGGGGCGGCUCAGAGCGGGCGGGCGGCUCCGGAGAGGCGAGCUCCCCCCGGCCGCCCCAGCCGCGAUGGAGGCCGUGUCCCCCCGGGCCGGGCUGCUGCUGGCCGCGCUCUGCCUGCUCGCUUCCCACGGAGGGACGCCGGCUUUCCUGAUCACCACCCCGUACUCGCUCUACGUCUGCCCCGAGGGCCAGAACGUCACCCUGACCUGCCGGAUCAGCGGGCCCCUCUCCAAUCGCCACAACCUGCUCUACAAAACCUGGUACUUCAGCAGCAACGGCGACCAGAGCUGUUUUGAGAAGAAACACAUCCGCAACGUCACCGAGAGGGAGCUGCACCACGACCUGGGCAAGCACCACGAGCCGCCGGGCAACGGCACCCAAAAAUCCCCCCUCGGGGAGCUAACUGGCCAUCAUGGAGUGGAGUUUGUCCCCGACCACCACGGUGCCUUUCACAUCAUGGUGAUGAACCUGACGCUGCAGGACAGCGGGAAUUACUGCUGCUACGCCAUGGAGGUCAGGAAGGAGCAGAACAAAGCCCACACCCUGCAAGUCGCUCACGGCUUCGUGGAGCUGCAGAUCCAGCAAGGCAGAGGAGGGCUUCAAAACUGCACGUUUCAUACCACCACCAGCAAAGAUAUCACGGCCGCCGCGCUGGCAACGGGCGCCUGCAUCGUGGGCAUCCUCUGCCUGCCCCUCAUCUUGCUCCUGAUUUACAAGCAGAGACAAGCGGUCAGCAGCAGGCGUGCCCACGAGCUCGUCAGGAUGGAGAGCAGUGCCCAGGGCAUCGAAAACCCCGUCUUUGAGACGGUCCCCUCGGCGAGCGCCGAGCAGCGGCCCCGACCCCAGUUCUCCUACAUGGCCAGCCGGCAGCUCUCCGAGUCCGACCGGCACCUGCUCUCCGAGCCCGGCACCCCGCUGUCCCCCACCAUCCCCGGGGAAUGCUUCUUCCCGACACUGGAUCCUGUUCCCGACUCGCCAAAUUCCUUGAAAGCCUAAAGACCCCGGAGCAAACCACAUCCCCCAGCGGCAGGCGGGAGAGGCCAGGCAGCCACCGCGCCACGCUCGCCCAGCCGAGACCCCCGGGAGGGCAGCGUGGCCACGGCCAGCAAAGCCUUAAAAAACGAAGCCGAGUCCAGGAGCCCUGAACCUCGCCUCCCGUCCUGGCUCUGCUGGAAGUGAACUCCUCUUGCCUGGAUUUUAGUUUUUAACUACCUGUUUCUACGGAGAAGAGCACAGCUCUCUACUGCUCACGUUUGACAGACUAGCUGAAAAUUGGGAAUGCGGGGAAGGAAGGACGACCCGCACCUGCAAACCUCCCCGAGGAUUUAACUUAUUGCCAGGGGUUUAAGCUCUGCAACGUCAGCCUGGUUCUGCAUAUUUGACUGAACAUCCUCUCCGGGAGCGGAUGCUAAAGUACUUUAUCCACUGCGAGAAUAAACAGGGUCACUGGCCAACCUUGUACUACCUUUUUCUUUGCAAAACAGGAAGGGGAGAGGCUCCCUGCCACUGACGGAGCGCUCCUUCCCCACCAGCCUUUGGAGAUGGCCAUGGACUUGCGAGGAUGCCGUGUUUUCAGCUGGACACACGUUGGGAAAAGCCUUAUUUCUGCUGCAAUUCUAUCCUCGGCUUGGGAUCAGGGGAAUUUAUCUUUCUGGUUGUUCCAUUAUCAGUGCUGAUUAAAAGAAAAAAAGGAUGUUUAUGGGGUUCGUUUGUUUGGUGUUGGGUUUUAUUUGGUUUUUUUUUUUAAAAAGCCUCUAAAUUGGAAAGUUCAUCUGGAGGGUGUCGGAGGAUGUUGCCGUGACGUGGCCGAGAGCCCCUGCGGAGAGACAGAGGCAGGGGAGCACGCAGUGGGUGGUGGGAAACGCUCCGGCUGGCUUCCUCCCAUCCUCCCGGGGCCAGCACAGCCCGAGCAGCCGUCCCCGGAGCUGCUGCCUUCAGCCACGCUGGAGGACCCGGCGAUGCCCCGGCUGCCCUCAGAGCAUCCUCCGUCCAAAUGCAGCACCCCAGCAUCGCUUAUCCAAAAGAAGCCAUGGGCUCCAGCGUGACUCAGCCCCCGGCACGGAGAUAUAACCUUGUGGUAGACACUGUUACUCAAAGGAUGUGUUUGGGGUUUUUUUUUUUCCCUCUUGCUUCUGUUUUUGUUGUAAAGUGGGGGAAAAAAAUGCCACUAGACAAAUAUCAACAUUAGUCAUACCAAAACAGUGUCAGACCUGAGCAAUAGCCAUACCAGGCAGCGUGCCCGGGCAGAGCAUCCCCGGCUAUACUCUGAAUUUUCACACUACGUGGCAGGAGGAAACAGCGUUUGCCUCUGCAAUGGGCUUGGGACACGCUGGCCUGCUGCGGGAUUUGAUUAAUCCGCUGUCGGCUUCAGCAAAAGCAACUUCAAGAUGGUCCGGCCGCUGGCAGAGGGAUAAAGGAGAAGCCAGCACCAAUGCCCCUGCCGGGGACGUAACUUCCCGAGCACGGGACUCGAGCGUUAUUGCCUCCCGCCUCUCAGCCCCUUUCCCAGCUUUGCUGGCCAAGCUCGCCCAGCGCCUCCCGCGCUUCCCUCUCCCCGUCCCAGCGCCUGCAGCUGGAAAGGCACGUGGGGGAUUUGCCUGCCCAUGGGUCCUAACCGCUUUGAAACCCUCUCUGAAUCCCUCCAUUUGCUAACGAAUGCACCGUUUGACAACCAAAUAAAGCUUUGUUGGAACCAUUUUUCUCUCUGUGCUGCAGGAAUCCCUUUUUUCAGGAUGCCCCGUGCCGCAGGCAGGUGCGGCGGGCAGGCAGAGGUGAGCCGAGCAGCCACGGUCUCUGCCAGAGGCACUGGUAUGGCACGGCGGGGCACCGCGUGGCAUCGGGGACCGUUACCCACCUGGAAAGCUUGCCAGAAGGAAAACUAAAGGCUUUUAGGGGAAAGAGGCAACGGCUGCCCAGCCUUCCACACAUGCUGGAGCGGGAGCCGUGGCACGCUGGGUGCUGGCACCCCACCUUGGCCCCCACCACUGGUGGAGAAGAUGGCACGGUGUUGCACCUUCGGGCGGGAUGCUUAUGGUGAAGGUGACCCAGCCAAAUGCUCGUGCCCUCAUGGAACUUGCUCUUGCAAACACCUGGCUUGGGAACGUACAUCGAGCUGGUGCCCCGCUGCCGGCUUUUUUCCGCUGCAUCAGCACUCGGGGCUUUGCUGAGGGGAGAGCGAGGAGCCGCGGUGCUUCACCUGAGCUCUUGUUUCUGAGCGGGCGGAUGGGAAUAGAAACUUGCAGAGGCUGAAGCAGCCCUGGUUGGGGACGGCUGCAAGAUAAGCAUCGGGGUGACGAGGAGCGGCUUUGCCAAUCCACCCUGCCUCGCUGCAGCCACCGGCACCCAGGUCUGCGGGUGCCGGGAUGAGCCCUGCUCCGGUGCACGUGGGGGCUGCAGCUCCCUUGGGCAGACAUCCUUCCUUCUGCUGCAGGGAGCGUCCCCAAGGCUCCGGAGCAGGGGCAGCCCUCGGGGAGGUGCAGCUGCAGGCUCGCGCCAGGGUCAGACAGAGCCCGGGUGACUCCUGCAAUUCCCACGCAAUGACACCAAGACUUUCCAGUUGCAGCUCACCGGCUUGUGAAGGUUUUCUUUCCUGCGAUGCUUUUUUUGGGUAAAUGCUUUCCUUUUAUCAUCAGUAUUUUACCCUUUUGCCCCUGCAUUUCCAGCUCCCGAGAGGACGGCCAGUCUUCCAUGCAUCCUUGCUGUCCUGGCCAUCCC